CACACACCGGCACUUCUUUAGUGGAACCCUACGCGCUUUCCCCCCAAACACCACGUGAUCAGGAAGGAACGCAGGGGGAGGAGCCAGAGAGUGCGCUUAUAGGAAGCAAUUGGCAGCACGUGUGCACAAGGCAAAGCUCAGUGAAACACGAAAACCUGCUAUCCAGAUCUUUGCUGAAAAUGGCUCUAAAAAACAGCUGCAAAAUGGAGGAGGCCCUAGUGAAUUGUGCUCUUGGGAAAAUUCAAAUAUCUGCAUGUGAAAAAGGCGUACAUGAGAUAAAGCUACAGGAAGAUGCUGUUCCUGAAGCAAGAGCUCAAGGUGCCUCCGUAUCGUUUGAGCUUGUUGAAGGUCCUCAGGAAAUGAUUCCACCGCUAAAACAGUGCACAGCUUGGCUAAAGUCCUACUUUUGUGAUCCGCAGUUGACAGAAAAACUCCCCAUUCCUGAGUUCCACCAUCCGCUGUUCAUCAAGGACUCGUUCACCAAAGCUGUAUUGAUGGCACUGUUAAAGAAGGUGAAACUUGGAGAAACUGUGUCUUACAAGGAAUUAGCUGUCAUGGCGGGGAACGAGAAAGCAGUGAGGGCUGUGGGAGGAGCGAUGAGGAGUAAUCCGAUACCGAUCCUAAUACCUUGCCACAGGGUGAUUUGCAGCAAUGGAAGCCUUGGCAACUACAUUGGCGGCAAAGGAAAUCAUCUGAAACUCUGGCUCUUGGCACACGAGAAGCUUCUGAAAGAAAUGUGAACGUGUUGUGUUUUGUUUUGUUUUUUUUUGUCGAGCCGCUCACCUAGAGCUGUACCGCAGCCAAAGCCUAUAAACCAACACACUAUGCUUUAAGCUUUCAAAUUACGCAGUAGAAUUCAGGAAAAUGGUAAAUAUUUGAGUGACAUAUAAAUAUAAUACAACAUCCGAAGUGAAAUGUGUUUGGCACUACUAUAUUAAAAAAGCCGGAUAUGUCCUCCGGGACUCAGCUUGUGUGCCCUUUCUUGUUUUUACAUUUUACAGCAGAAUGAGUACAGCAGCCUGUGCCUGUUGUAUUUUGUUCCCAUCUCCAGUCCUGUUUUGUUCUAUUUUUAAUGCCCAUUAAAGCAAGAAAAAGGAGAGAGAGAGAGGGGUGUGGCAAAUGCAGGGUUCAACUGCCCCUGUAAGGAAGCAUCUGGCUUUAGAGUGGUACAGUAUUACAUUGCGUGUCAUUGGAAGCACAAUAAUGUGUAGCACACACCUCCCUGUUCCUGCCCAGCUUUGUAUUUGUCCAAAUUAAGACUCUGUCUCUGUGCCAGUUGCAGUGCCCAACCUUCCCCACCCCAUACUCUUUGAUGUUAAGGGAGAAAAAAAAUCUUUGGCGUAAAGUCACAACUGUUUAAAACAAAAUCAUUUUGGAGGAAAUCACUUUUGUAUUGUUAGUUGGGAUAUUUUUUUUUUUUGCAUUUUUUUUUUAUUCUCCACAUUUCAGAUCUUUGGAGAUGUUGAAAAGAUACAGCUAACGGUUUCUUGUUUCUGCUCCUUUCAUAUUUUGUUUUGUUUCGCUGCCAAUAAAAAUAUCAUUGCA